GUUCAGAUACCAACAGAGCAGACACAAUCGCUUACACAUGAUGAGGGCCAUCAUCCUCCUGCUCACACUGCAUGUGCUAGGCGUCUCCAGUGUGAUGAUGAAUAAGAGUCUCAAAAAACAGAUUGAUGGGAAUUGGCGAACAAUUUACUUAGCUGCUAGUAACAUGGAGAAAAUAAAGGAAGGAUCACCAUUGAGGACCUACUUCCGUCAAAUUUUGUGUGACAGCAGAUGCAACAGAAUCAACCUCUAUUUUUUUAUUAAGUUAGGGGCUAAGUGCCAACAGUAUAAAAUCAUAGGAAGGAAACAACGAGAAGUUUACUAUGCAGAGUAUGAAGGGAGCACAGCAUUCAUGUUAAAGAUGGUGAAUGAGAAGAUAUUGCUGUUUCAUUAUUUUAACAAGAACAUGAGAAAUGAUGUCACAAGAGUGGCUGGAGUUUUAGCAAAAGGCAAACAACUGACUAAGGCUGAGAUGACAGAGUACAUGAACUUCGUGGAAGAAAUGGGCAUUGAGGAUGAGAAUGUACAGCGUGUCAUGGACACAGACAACUGUCCAGACAAGAUCAGUUCUUAGUGACUCAACAAGAUCAGGAUUAG